GCCACCAUCAGGAUGGAACUUCGUUCGUCCUCCAUCUUCCUAUUAAACAACAAACGCGUCGAAAUGUAGCUUCAGAGGGUCGGAAUGUCAGAGUCUGGGAAAUCGGUGAGACCAGUCAGACAAUUGUCUUUGCAACCAGCCGCGCCGAGAAGACAAUUCAUCAGGAGACAACGAUCAGCGGAGGAAGAGAAAUCCUUGCAGAUUUGUGUCAGCCCACUGGCUCGAGGCAAACGUGGAACGAACGCGAAACCCAAUUUGGAAAGACCUAAGGUUCGAAUCGCCUGGAAGGAGAAUCGUAAUCAAAAUGAGAGAGAAGUGGAGCAAGUUGAAGUGGUGGCUCGUCAAAUUCCUGGACGAUCCAGGCCGGCCACCGGGAGAUCCAGAGGGUUCAUCGCGAUCGACAAGCCGUCGAUCCUUUGCUCCAGACAAGAACUCGCGGAGAGGCUGAGACUCGCCUGGAAACACCGGGAGGAGAACAAAGCCAAUAUAAACAUAUUCUUAGCGCACAAAACCUUGGAAGACAGAUGCGAUUCUGAGAUGUCGAGUCACGCGACCGUCACUGCUCCAUCGUCUCCAGAGUCGAAAUACAAAAUUUCAUUUUCUGAAAAUUCUAGAAGGAUACCAGACGAAGUGAUUCGGAUAUCAAAGACCCGAUCCGCAGGUCAAUCUAUGAAGAAAGAAACUCGGAACGAUUUAUUGUUAAGUUUUGAACGAUCCAAUGUGGGAGAAAUCGCAAUGUUGAAUGUAAAUAAAAUUGCUGAAAACGAAAAGAAAAUGGGGAAGGAAAAUUGUGAAGUGGAAAAGGAACAAAUAGAUAAAGAAAUAUUACGAAACGCGAACACGGAGGGGUAUCUUGAAAAUUCCAAGAAGAAGACCUCGACGAGUAUCGACUGUUCGACUUUUCGUGUUCCAUCGAAAGCGUCGCCGUUAAUUAAAAUCGAAAACUCGCCCUUGGAAGUUGAGAAAGUGUCGAAGGAGGAUUUUUCAUCGGCCAAACAGAAGCGUGCGAGUUUUCGUAGCUGUACCAACAGAGCCUUCCUCGGCCCAAUUAAAUCGCCGACGAGCGAAUUAGAAAAAAAUAGAACAGAAUCGAAAGAAAACGUGACGAAUAAACCAGUAAUUACGAAAAGCGUUUCCGACAAAAUUGUAAUAAAAACGACUGGAGAUUGCAAAGCGAAAGAAAAUAUUCUCGAAAGCAAAGAUUCCUCGGCGUAUAAUAAAAUGAUGACUCAGAAGACGAACGAUGUUAACAAGUGUAAUUUAACGAUUAAAAGAACUAUUAGUUCCACGGUGGAUGAUAAUUCAAUGAUCGAUAAAGUUUUAACUACGAAUAAUAGCAUGGAAGUUAGAUGUAGUUCGGUGAACGAGAGAAACCCACCUUCGAAGAAGAUAGAAAUUCAGAGAAUAGAUCAAAGACCUAGGAGAACUAGCUCUGCACCGCCACAGAGACACGUAGAAACGAAUUCGUCCAAUCGUGUUCAAAUUAAUAUUGUGAUUGAUACAGCCGUUAAUGGAGCUUCGGGAAAGGGUAGAGAGGAAGAUAAAUUAGAGAUAGAUCGUAGAAACAGUGGGAUCGAAAGGAGAGAUACAACGAAGAUUGCAGGACGAUCAGUGAGGUCCGCGCCGUUGAAGAGGCGCUCGAGGAGCGCGAGAAGGCGAUACUGGGGUUCUGGUAAAACCGACGAAGAAGGAAAAUCACGGCACCGAUCGUCCGGUCGUGGAAGAAAUUCGAUCGAUUCCAGGACUAUUGAUAUCGUCACAAUGGUAUCUCUUGUCAGUUCGGCUGACAGUGACAGUGACAUUGAAAAUUCACCGAGGGACGACAAAUUAAUCAACGAAUUACGCAGCAAACUUCCCACCACGUCGAUCAUUAAAACGUCGAUGAAUCCGCUGUGCAGUGCCAGGAAACCGAUCAAAUCAGUUUCGUUCCAGAAAGAUUCCUUCGACGAGGACUCGUCGAAAGAGCAACAACCUCAGGUAAAGGAGGAGAAGAAAACAACGCAACCACGACUAGCGAUCGUUAGCCACCGUGGAAACGGCGGUACCCUGUCCUCGAACGAAGAAACAGUCUCUUGGAGAACGGAAAUAUCUGAUGUGACCGUACCUGUUCUGACGCUGAUCCACGAUGCCGAGGAGACACUCGACGUUCCGUUGACCGAUCGCGAGAAAAGAUGUCUGGCCGUGCCUAUUGGUGAUUUACGUGACAAAAAAAGAAAAUUAUUGAAAACUCGUAGCACCUCGUCACGAUUAGAAAUAGAAAAACAAACGUUAUUAUCGAAAACGAAAAUCCAAGAAUCGCCAAGAAUUGUUCAACAGAAAAUGGAGAUUCCAAGGCAACAAAUUAAAACCCCCACGAACAAUAUCACCGCCAAUGUAAAAUCUAUUUUUGUAUCACAUUCCAAAGAAACUGUUCAACCUGUACAAUCUACAUCCACAGAACCACGAUUCCAAACGAAUAAGGAAAAAGAAUGUUGGCAUCUUUAUAGGAAAAUGUGCGACAAAGGGAUCUGCGUGUCCUUUGACACGGUCUUAAGGGGUAUGCUUACGCCAACGGAAUACCGACUAAGACAGAAAGAACUUUCUCAGGAUUUAUGACUAAGCGUAAUAUUCAAUAAAUUGUUGAUACUUUUGUAAGGAAUCUGCUGGCUACUUUGAAUAAUACGGACAAACACUGUUAAGAAGAACCUUACAUAGAAAGGGAAAGGAAAGCUUAAAAUCAAACAAUAAUCUAAGCCCGUAGCCAAUAUUGGAUUAUCAUGAAAUAGAGUUAGCAAAUAAAAUAUCCGAAU